AUGCCUCGUUGCACGAGAAAAGGUUGCAAUAAAGAGUUUACCGAAGAUAGCAAUGAAGCGUGCAUAUUCCAUCCGGGUGCCCCAGUGUUCCAUGAAGGACUCAAGUCGUGGUCGUGUUGCUCUGAUGUCAACAAGCCUGUGUUAGAGUUUGAUGAAUUCAUGAAGAUUGCUGUAUUUGAACCCUCAAAGGCGCCUACCAAUCCAAAUAACCUCGCGGUAUCAUUUUCCGAGGAUGGCAAGGAGGUGUACACCUCGGAAACGGUGCCUACUAAUACCUCGUCUCAGUCAGAAUCGAAACCACCUGCUUCUCAGCCUAUUGUUUCCACACAAACCCCUCCGCCAGCAAUCGAAGAAGAGGACGAUCUUUCCGUACCGGUCGCACUGGGAACGAAGUGCUUAAGGAAAGGUUGCGGUAAACUUUUCGUCAGCGAUGAACUUAACAGACUCGGUGAUGGAGAAGGGACUGUCUGCGUAUACCACCCGUCUCCGCCGAUAUUCAGAGAAGGCAGCAAGGGCUAUCUCUGCUGCAAACGUCGCGUCCUCGAGUUUGACGAGUUUCUUAAGAUUGAAGGGUGCAAAACUGGCCGCCACCUUUUUGCCGUAAAGGUAGCCCCUGGACCAACACUGACAGAGUGUCGUAUAGAGCAUUAUCAGACCGUCGACAAGGUGCAUGUGUCCAUCUACGCCAAGAAAGCCGAUAAAGACAAGACUACCGUAAAGUUUGAGAGUGAUAAAGUAUAUCUGGUGAUCCUUGACAUCUUGUUCCAAGAUACGAAGAGAUUCACUCGCACCAUCGAUCUCGUGGGUCCGAUAAACGCUGACAUGUCUACCUUCCAAAUCAUGGGAACCAAGGUUGAACUCCACCUUCAGAAGGAGGAUGGCCGAAGCUGGCCUGUCCUGGAGAAAAGCGAACUAGUGAAAAUCGGUAACUACGCUGUUACUUUCGGGGUUGGUGGGCGAACCGGGACUAUCGGUGGCAAGGAAAUCAUU